GUUUACUUGCAUUUCUUUUCCUGCAAAACUUCUAUUAAAAGCUUUACUGUGCGUUUCUUGCGUGUGAACUGCGGCAUCACCUGGGGAUCUCUACAUCAAGUCUGUCGAAACCGAAAUCAGGUAAUGUAUACGAACUUUUGAUUUUGAGUUAAUCGAAGUGUCUCUCUCCUUUCUCCCUUUCUGUGAUUGAUUUGGAGUCCUUCGAAGGAAGUUAGGGUUAGAGGCGAGAAGGAUUUUGAAUGUGCAACAGAGGGGGGUUUUUUUUUUUUAAAAAAAGGUCCUGACUUCAUUCCUCCCCCCUACUUCGUGCAAAGAUUAAGAAAAUGUCUUCAGAAGAAAUAAGAAGUGUAGUAGAGAGUGAGGUGAUGCCUCUGGACUAUGGGAGCAUGGACUCAGAGAGUAGUCAAUCUCCAUCUAGUUCGGAGAAGACGAUGGAGGGGGUGAAAGGAGAUGAGGUGGUGGAGGUUGGGGGGAAUGAGGUUGUAGAGGUUGGGGGGACAGAGGUGGUAGGGGUUGGGGGAGAUAGCAUACCCAUUACUGUAGUAGAAGUAGAGGGUAGAGGAGAGAGAGAUUAUGAUGUGAAUGCAGAGAUAGUGGAGAAGGUGAAGCAAUAUAGAUCUGAACUAAAGACCAAGGAUAGCCUGGGUCACUUAGUGGAAAAUUACGAGAUCUCUUCCCGAGUGUUAGUUAGGCCAGCUGGGGGGGGUAGUAUGAGGGAUAAGGGGUGGUAUUAUUUCACCCCUAGGGUAGCUAAUAAGGAGAGUAGGUCUUUGUUCACUGCGGGUCCUUCAUCCAUUAAAGGAUGGAAGGAAAAAUUCUUUUUUGUAGAUGAUACGGAGUGGGAGAGGGGGAUGACGAGAAGAAGUGAGGAAGCUGGUGAGGAAGGGGGGGACUUAUUGAACAUUUUGGACCUCACCAGCGCACAAUGCAUAGAAGCUGCUGAGCUCUAUGGGCCAAGCGCUUUAAGUGAAGCUGAAAUGAAUCAGUUUUUGAACACUGCUGGAGGAGUGGCCAUCCCCAAGAAGCCAAGAAAGAAGUCAAAGACUUCAACCAAGCAAGUGGAUGAGGGGAGGGCUAGGAAAGAGAAGAAAGUGGUGGAGGAAGAGGAGAGGGGGAAUGAGGUUCCUCAGUUCGUAUCUCAGCCUCCUCCUGUUGAGCUGAACCCUGAGCUCAGACGGUUGGAGGAGGGAACUGAGCACCUUCCCCGAAGUGGACAAACGCCACGGCGAGAUGAGGCUCUGAGGUAUGGUGGAGCAUCUGUUGUGAAGCACGUUCUUGAGGAGUUCAUGGAGAGCAUGAAGGAGCGCUCACUCUUGGAGAGGCAGUGUGACCAGCUGCAGAAGGAGAAGGAGGAGCUGGAGAAGAAAAACAAAGAACUGCAAGAGUCACUGAACGAGGUGGUUCCAACUGUGAAACAAUUGGAGCAGGAGAGGGCUUCCCUAAGCACCAAGCUCAUCUUUGAGGAGAGCAAACGAAGGAUCUCUAAAAGCGAGCGUGAGGCUCAGGCGCAAGAAAUAAAGCUGAUGAAGGAGGCUUUCAUGGAGCUGAAGGAGAAUGUGCAGACCUUGGUGCACAAUGGGAUGAAGGAGCACAUCAGCAACUUCAUCAGCUCCAGCUCGUUUGACAACAUCGUCAACUUGUACCGGCUGCCCACUGCCAUCAUUGCAUUCACGGACUGUAGAAAGAAGGUGAAGGCAGAAUAUCCCGAAGUGGAUAUUACAAAGAUCACCUUCGGCGAGCAAGAAGAAGGAGUGGAGGAAGACGGUGAAAGCAUGUCAGCAAACUUCUGUCCUCAGAUCAAACUAAGGUGGGAGCAUGAUGAAAACGGACGUGCUGUUUUCUCUCCACAGUUCGACUUCGAGUUCGUUGCAGUGGAGGAAGAAGGGGCAAAGGUAGAGGAAGACGAAGUGGAGGCAGGAGUGGAGGGAGCUGAAGUGGAUGAGAGCCAACCAGUUCCAGAAGUGGAGAUUCAUUCAGUUCCUUCCGACAAUGAGCAGCCUCCUCUGCCAGACGAGCAGCAGCCAACACAGCCACCUCCUCCAGCUGAGCAGGAGCCAGUGGAACCACCUCGUUCAGCAGAGAAAUAAUUUUGUUUUUUAAUUUUUUGUAGAAACAUUAAACGAUUUGUAAUAUUGUUAUUGCGUUAAAUGAAAAUUCAGUUUUGAAAUUAUAUAUGUGUUUAUGUUCGCUUUAUAUUUUUGUUAUUUUUUAUGAAUAAAAGAACUGAGAGUACUUGAGAUGUGAUUUGAAAGAAAGCGUACCACUUCAG